UGGUCCCUCCCACUGUCUGAGCCAAAGUUGGCCACUUCAACAACUAACAGCCUCCGAGCUGACUUUACCAUCAAAAACUAACAGACCUUUUAGUAAAACACAGCAACGAAUUUCAUAACCUUUGCCCACGCCUGCCUGUGACAUUCCCUGUGCUUACUCGCCAUCCUCCGCGACCUGUCAUUCAGCUCUAGGACAAACUGCUCUCUUUUUUUUUCUCGUCCAUUAUUGUCCGCGGGAAAAUAUAAUUUUUACUCUUGUUUACUUGGAUCAUUUCGGUGCUCACUGAAGACAAAGCUUAAUACUGAAUUACUGUGCCCUGCAAAAGAAAAAAAAAAGGCUGCCAGUCUGGACUUGUUUUCAUCUUAAGAACUCCUCACAAUUUCUGCUUGUUUGAUUGACUGUUUAGAGAAUGGCUACUUUACCAGGGACGGUUCCGCGAAUGAUGAGACCUGCGCCAGGCCAGAACUAUCCCCGAACCGGAUUCCCUCUAGAAGUCUCCACACCUUUGGGCCAAGGACGUGUAAACCAACUUGGAGGAGUCUUCAUCAAUGGCAGACCUUUGCCGAAUCACAUCCGUCACAAAAUUGUGGAGAUGGCCCACCACGGCAUCAGGCCCUGCGUGAUCUCCCGGCAGCUGCGCGUCUCCCACGGCUGCGUCUCCAAAAUCUUGUGUCGCUACCAGGAGACGGGCUCAAUCCGGCCUGGAGCCAUUGGGGGCAGCAAACCCAGGGUGGCAACACCGGAUGUGGAAAAAAGGAUCGAGGAGUACAAGCGAGAGAACCCGGGGAUGUUCAGCUGGGAGAUACGCGACAAACUCCUCAAGGACGGUGUGUGUGACAGGAGUACAGUCCCCUCAGUGAGCUCAAUAAGCCGCGUUUUGAGAGCCAGGUUUGGCAAAAAAGAAGAUGACGAUGACUGUGAUAAGAAAGAUGACGAUGGAGAGAAGAAAACAAAACACAGCAUCGACGGCAUUUUGGGCGACAAAGGUAACCGCAUGGAUGAGAGCUCUGACGUUGAGUCUGAACCAGACCUGCCCCUCAAAAGAAAGCAGCGGCGCAGCAGGACUACCUUCACAGCAGAGCAGUUGGAGGAGCUGGAGAAAGCCUUUGAGAGGACCCAUUACCCGGAUAUCUAUACACGUGAGGAGCUGGCCCAGCGUACCAAGCUUACUGAAGCCCGUGUACAGGUGUGGUUCAGUAAUCGGAGGGCCAGGUGGCGCAAGCAAGCUGGAGCCAAUCAGCUGGCAGCUUUCAAUCACCUCUUACCUGGUGGCUUCCCACCCACUGGAAUGCCAAGUCUGCCAACAUACCAGCUCCCAGAGUCCAGCUACCCCACAACUGCAAUUUCUCAAGAUGGUGGCAGCACUGUUCACCGGCCACAACCUCUCCCUCCAUCUACAAUGCAUCAAAGUGGUCUGGCGGGGGAGAGUGGCUCUGCCUAUGGCCUCCCAUCCAAUCGACACACCUUCUCCAGCUAUUCAGAUAGCUUUAUGAAUCCCUCGGCUUCCAGCAACCAUAUGAACCCCGUCAGCAAUGGCUUGUCUCCACAGGUGAUGAGCAUCCUCAGUAACCCCAGUGCAGUGGCACCCCAGCCUCAACACGACUUCUCCAUCUCUCCACUUCAUGGCAGCUUGGAUUCCUCAAACAGCAUCUCAGCCAGCUGCAGCCAACGCUCGGACACCAUUAAGGGUGUGGACAGCCUACCAACAUCGCAGUCCUACUGUCCGCCAACUUACAGCACUACUGGCUACAGCGUGGACCCAGUGACUGCAGGAUACCAGUACAGUCAGUAUGGGCAGACUGCUGUGGACUACCUGGCCAAGAACGUGAGCCUGUCGACACAGAGGAGGAUGAAGCUGGGAGAGCACUCGGCUGUUCUCGGACUCUUGCAGGUGGAAACAGGCCAGGCCUACUAAUCCUGAAUGAACAUUCUCCUGCCCACCCCACAUAUGCUUUACACCAUUCUAGUAGGGCUACUCAUGUGUGCAUCCUUGGUGGAACAGGAGAAGACAAGGCCGACUAACAGAGGACUCUUCUAGAAACUGCCGACAUUCCGGAAAACCCAUGCCCCAUUGACCAAGCCAUGGUAGCAGGACCCAAUGGGAGGCAGAGGGCACACUAUGGACCUCUGCAGCGGCCAGAUCUGACGUUUACAAUGUUCAAAUUGGUAGAGACCACCUACUGAAACAUUCCCAGAAAAGUGCAUGCGAGUGAAGUGAGGUGGAGUCCAAAAUUGAUGCCACCCUGUGGUAAAACGCACUAGAGCACAGAGCCGGAUUUGUUAAGGAUUUCAUUCACCCUCCCAGUUUUUUUCUGGCAGAGCUGAGGAGUGCAGCACGUUUUCCUUGGUGGAUUUGGCCUCUAGUAGUGGUGGUGCACUGAGCAAUUAGGAGCCCCAGAAACAGGGAGACAGGAAGGACACAAGCCUACAUGUAGGGAAACUUAUUCUGUGCUCCUGUGUGUUUUUAAACUUCAUUCAUAUCCCUUCAAAUGUUAAAAAGUACUUUUUCUUAGUAAAUAUCCAAUGUUUGUGUAGCGUUGCUAGUUAAUCCUGGACACAGCCUGCAUAGUUACCUCUAAAGGUCAUUGUCAAGUAGCCACUUGUGUAUGUUUCUAAAAAGGUUAUGUUUUAUACUAAAACAGAGAGCGUAGGGAGAGCAUCGGUGAUGUCUGAUUUACCUUCCUUAAUAAAGCGCACGUUACGGUCUGUUGGAAAGAGACAGAGCAGCACCAGCAGGAAUGGAAAGGAGGGGGGACAACGUAUUCGAUGCAGACUUGGGACCAUCACAUCGAUAAGAGGAGCAAGCAAACAAACAGUGUUUUAUGUUUACAUUUGCAGUUACUACUGGGAGCAAAUUACUGUGGACACAGCGGCCACAGGUCUUGUAACAUGGAGCCGGGGACUCCACUGGACUUUCUGCAUCCACCCUCCCCUGAAGCACAAGGCUUUGCAAGCUUUGGGGCGGAAUUGGAAAUAACUUAUCCUCCAACAGACCUGUGUUGCAGACGCAAAAAGAGAAGACCACAAUUUCUGGUCCCUAGUUCAUAUUGGGCCCAGAUAAACAAUCGAAAUGCUUGAACUGUGUAUAUUUAUAAAAAUAGAAUUUUCCUUUUUUUUUUUUGUUUUUUUUAAUAUUGUGUACUGCGCCCUACAUUUUUGGCACUGGGAUAGCUGUAGCACUAUGUGACUAUCCUAUACAAUGCCUUGUUACCCCACCGCCUCUACCUAAUACACCCCUGGCUGUGUGAGGGGCCCAUGCAGCACCAUAAAAACGGCUCUCCAAGGGCUAAGUAAGUCGCUCAAAUGUUGCCAUGCCACCUACUCUAUAACGGCUCUAUGACCAUCCAACACACUGCCACAACCCUUGAAGCCUUGUACAGGGCCUAAGAGAAGUUAAUACGUGACCUGCACAGACUCUAACCCAACCCCAGUCCUUUUUUUGAUUCCCUCCCUGCACAGUUAUCAAACUGUCUUACUGAAGAUUACCCCAUGUUUUGAGUGGCAUAGACAUUGCCACAUCUCUGCCCCUCUUAGACCACGUGCCAAGCAUGAUGUGGCUACUUAACUAACACAGAUGCUGUCCCACCUUUUGGCCUUCUUUAAUUCCAGGGCUAUGUGGCGAUACAGAUGUUCCCAUGCCCAUUGAUCCCUUUAUCAGGGACCAC